UGAUUAUAUCAAAACGUUUGACGGAGCUGCGGUGAAAAUUGUUUAUUUUAUUAAAAUUAAUAAGAUACGCUUUAAAAGCUGGCACUAUGUCCGGCCUGGAAUCAUAUAUUAAUCACACGGUGUCCAUAAUCACAGCGGAUGGACGCAACUUCAUUGGCACGCUCAAGGGCUUUGACCAGACCAUCAAUAUCAUCAUCGAGGAAUGCCAUGAGCGCGUCUUUUCAACCACGGCGGGCAUUGAGCAGAUUGUGCUCGGUCUGCACAUCAUACGAGGCGACAACAUCGCUGUAAUUGGACUGAUAGAUGACACCAUAGACUCUCGCCUGGAUUUGGCCAAUAUACGCGGCGAGCCGCUCGGACCAGUUGUGCAUUGAUUAAUAACAUAGCAUAUAGUACAAAAAUAAAUGGAAAU